GACUUUAUCCGAAUGGUUCGCGCAGUCAGCCUUUUUCUUCCAUCCUUACCAUACUUUCCUGCCUUCUUCUACCCUCUUCCUAGUAUCUAUUAGUCUUUGCUUUUGCCUUCUUCGGGCGCGACAUUCUCUACCACGCUUCUCGUUCGACUGUUCUGGGUUGUUUUGAUGAUGGAUUGUUAGCUGUACUGGUCUACAGCAGAAAAAGAAGAUGAAUUACGGAAGGGUACAAGAGAAGGAACCAAGGUCCCCAUGGCUGGCCAUCAAAUUUGGAUGCUGUGCAUCGAAAGAGGACCUUGCGAACGAUGGAAGCGACCCGCUGAGAGCUACUGGCGAAACUGAUAUGCGGAUAUGCUAUGAACAACCGCGACCCGUACCACAGCCUUGCGUUGAGCCGAUACAACAGCGUCCAUCAACGAGCCAGUCGAUGAGCCGUCACGUCUCGCAAUGGGUUUCCAACAGUCGCGAAUACGCAGCACGUGCCUCAUCUCGUGCGAGCAUUUCGACCCUUGCGCGGCCAAGGCGUUCACACUCUCGACCCAGCAUUAGUCGUCCAACUGACUUCCGCCACUUCGAUGGUCUUGAUGAUAUACCCUCGACGCUCAAUGACGCUUCCAUGCCCAUCCGCCGCCGUCGUAGCUUUCGCCCCCUUGAGCUGUCUAUCUAUCUUCCCAACGGCUGUGGUCAUCUAUCUCCAUUGCCUGAUUUCGACGGUCAAGAUGAAUGGGAUAGUCUACAAUCGCAGCUAGAGCGUCCUGCUGAGGCACACGUUCGGGUGAGAGACUCACGUACGAGCUCUAUAUCUUCAGAACCUUCCUUCAUCAUUCAACGUAAACCAGUUGGUGGGCAAUCUCGACGGGGCAGUGUUCAAAGUCAGAAGAGUACCACCACGCACGAGAGGAGACUCUCAGGAACCACCAUGGGUACUAUGGCUACGCCUACACUGGCAUACCUUCCAGAGCAUUCACAGAUUGCUGGUGAUCAGAUACUUGAGAAGCCUACCAUUCAGCGUUCGCGCACAUCUGGUACCUUGUCACCUGCUCGUGUACUUUCACGUCUACCAUCGCCAUCGCGCAAUCGUGCCAGUACUGCACCGUCCUCUCGACCAGGCAGUCUCCGUCGUACAAAGACCGAUGUAGAUGAUGCUAUUCGCGAAUUAAACACCAUCAUUGAGGAACGCCGUGCAAGCGCGUAUCGCACGAACGCUCAAUCACCCGCGCUUGUCAACCGUCCUCCACCCUCUCCGUCUCACCACGUACCCUACAUUGCGCCAUCCAUGCGCAUGCAUGUCCGUUCUGAAACCCUUUCGGAUAUCGGCUCUGCGUUCUCUGCCCCUCUGAGCUUCAAGCCGCUUCCCACCACCCCAGAGGCAGACAUCCCAGCCCGCCGGGCAACAAUGGGACUCAGGCUCGCACCACCUUCCUUCUCCCACACCGGUCCCUUGAACUCGAAUCCCAUUACACCACCACCACCCGCCACACCCACUACACCAAUCGCCCGGCUAGGAGCCUGGAUCAAGCGCUCGACCUCCACUCUGGCAUCCGGCUCGCGUCCUACAACCCCGAAGACUGCCGACUCCUUCUACAAGUGCGAACCGCAUCCCGCCCUUCCCACCUCACCUUCGCGUCCUUCGACUGCAGGAUCACGCACACUACACACACGUCAGGAAAGCCAAGAGAGCAACGGUACAGCUACCGUUACACUCUUCUCCACAUCCUACCCUUCCACCCGCUCAUCCUCGCCAACCAACUCCCUCUCCACCGUCGCUACAUCUUCGCCACCUAGAAAGCUACGUCGUGUUCCUGCGCCUCUGACACUCGUCAAGGAGAAGGAGAUUGCUGCCGAGGCUGGCUUGUUGAGUGGAAGAAGUACAAGGGGUUUUAUGAAUGAGAAGCCGCCUAUGAGCCCCAACUUUGAUCUGCUCAAGGGUAUGGAAAUUAGUGCUAAGGAUGUUGGUGUUAAUGGAAGAAGAAGCUUGAUGACGCUUAGCCCGGGAGCAGUAGGUGUUGCUUUUUAGAUGGUUUGCGUUUGUUAUGACUACAGGAUUAUGAUGGGUGGAUGGGCUGGAGUUUGCAUAGGUAUGGGAAUACGGCACGAGGUUAGGGUCCAGACCUGGAACGGGGUACUGAUGGGAUGGGCUUUUGCUGUUGUUUUUUUAAACUUCUACUUCUAGCGACUUGGGCAUAUACCCUCCGAUUCCUCCCUACAAAGCUGUCUCGCUUGGUGGGAGGCGGAUGCCCGGGCGCGUACCUUAGCUUCUAUAAUAUACCCUUUUCCCUCUACUUUAGAGGUAUGCGAACCCCUUUAUCCAUCGAAUAUUGUUGGUGAGAUCAAAGGCUCAAAUCCUUGAGAACGUCAUACUUCGUUCAAUAUAGC